AUGCAACAGGCUCUGAAUGUAGCUACAGAAUGGACUUCAAAUGAUUUCCCGAAAUGCCCCGAAAAACAGAUACACAGUCUACAUACUGGGGUCCGUCGGUAUAGAGCUAAAAGACGAUAUACAGAGCAACACCUACAAAAAGUACUAGAACAGGUUACAAGUGGAAUUCUGAGUAAAAGUCAACUCAAAGUUCAAGCUCAAGAAAGAUAUUGUAGUCAACUUAAUAUUGAAGAUGUACCAUCAACAUAUAAGUCAAUAGGGCUAAACACUAAUCCUACCAAUAAGGCUUUGGAACUUGCAAAUUCGAAAGAAAAAAUUAAACUUUUAAAUGAACAACUAGCUGAACUACUUCAGAUAAAAUCAGCAUUAGAUCAACUUUUUACACCGAGACAAUUAAAACGUUUGCAAACCCCAAAAAUUCGUACUGUAUGGUACACCCUUAAAGGAUGGGCACAAAUCAUAAGACUUGCAUGCACUAAGCCAUGCCCGUUUGAAGUGACAUACCUACUUCAUAACGAAAUCUUAGAUUUCAACCAAAGAAAAGUGACAUUUGCACUAGAAAAUAAAAUAAAACCAAAGAACAGUCAUGAUCAAUAUGAAAAAGAAAAUGAUGUAAAAUAUGAAGAGCAAACAAGUAAUGGAAAUACUAAUUUUAAAUAUAGUGAUGGUGUAUGA